AUAAGUGCUGUGCUUUAUCGAUGUAACUGGGGGCAAUAGAAUAUUAGGUUGUCAAUGAUGUACGUUUGGUUUUAAAAACUCUGUUUAAAAAAGAAGUGAGAUUGUUUUCAAUGCUUGUGAAAAAUUGUCUUGUGCGUGGCAUAUCACGGGCUUGGCCAGGUAUAUGUACGUACAGCCUGUAACUAGGACAAUGGCGUCAGCGACCUGGAGAUAGAAUGAAUGAAUGAGUGGGAAGAGAAGUGAGAUCUUCAGAUCGUCUUAAAUGUGCUGUAGGACAACAAAUCCAGAUAUAGGCAUUCAGCAUUCCGUGACUGAGGGAGUAAGUGUGAAGUUUUGGGGACCCCGUGUGGAGAUGUACAUGGCUGGUGAUGCCAGCACACCGUGCUAUAUGUCAGAUGGGCCCUGUUCUCUUGAGCAUGUGAAUUCAGGACCUGGUACAUGUUACAGCGUCCAUUCACCAGGACUGCCUUGCCCUUAACCCGGAUAAACAGCCUGUGAUCAAUGUCACUGUGUACUUCAAGCUCUCUGUGGGACGUCGCAAGUACAAUUUGUCAUGUUUGGAACAAGGGGUUCUUGAUGCUCUGGCCUGCAUGAUCUAGCGACUGGGAAUAAAAUAUGCUAUAUCCAUUUCUGUUUCUUUUCAUCAUUGGACUGAUGCUGCCCAGUACAACAGAUGCAUGUGGAAAGAGGCCUGUGCGACCAACCCCCACCCCAACAACGAUUGCGACCAAUACGAGCGAGGGCACAACACCCCAGUCCAGUUACAGGCUGCCGUGUAACGCCACUGAGGAGAGGCUGUUAUCAUGCUUACACGGAGGGUCCUGCUUCAUUGUCAUCAUCAAGAAGGAAAGGAAUCGAAACUGCCAGUGUCCUCAGGAGAGAACUGGGUUCCGCUGCCAGGAGCUGUCACCUGAAUUCUUCCAGCCAACAGUUAUAGAUCCUAACAAACUGCGGACGGCUCACAUCGCGGCUGGUGUGGUGGGCACGGUAAUCAUUGUCCUGGUCAUCGUCCUCUCAGCAUAUGUGUAUCGCAGGGUGAAGAAGAAGGAAAGCUCUCUGGCACAUAGGCAGAGACAGAAUGGGGCCAAUGGUUCACAUCCGAAUAAUGCCAGCAAUUCUGGACCUAUGCCAUAUGAACUGCAACCGAUCAACAAGGAGCAUGGUGCUGGAGAAUCAGUCUAACAGCCGUGUUCAUCAGGGGCCCUAUGCUGUGCCUUGUGAUAUAAACUGGCCAGUCAUAGAUCAUUUGAGAACUGUGUAAUCAGGCAGUCAGUGAUACAGACAAUGAAGCAGGAGCCUGUCAUCCCCGCUUGUUGCGUUCAGUGUUACAGUCUCAGUGAUUGGUCACAUGUUAACCAUGACGUGUGCUCUAGUUCACUGACUGGCUUGUUCAGAUACACUUGUUGUGCUACACAUAUCAGAGGAAAGUUUUGAAUGUGACACAAGCAUUUUUGUUGGUGAUAAAUUGUACUGUAUCUGUCCUCGGUAUAAACCCAUUGUUCCCACCAUUUAUAGAAUGUAUGGUCAUGACAUUUGGUUAGGCAGUUCUUUGCAUUUAUAUCAGCACAUUACAUUAAUUGUACUGGACUAGAAUGAAAACCACACCUAGUGUGCCUUUGGAAAGCUCCAUCAAACAAGUUUGGACUGGAAAGUAGUCUUUCUAAGGCUGUAUUCUUCAUGCCGACAAUAUGAAAAAAUGUGCGAUACAGGGUAAUGUGCCAGUAGGAUCUGUGUUUAAAGGUGUAGUCUGCCAAAGUCAUGCUUUAUGUUAAUUUCUGAAAAUUUGUGUGGAAAAAAUAUAGUUUGAAAUUGAUGUUAAUUGAUGAAUUGGAAACUCUGCUAUCUGUUCAGCAGUUCAGCUUGUAUGAUAUCUAUGGAAUGGAUGAUUACCUGAGUGUCACUUAAAUUGUCUUACGCCAACACCUGAGUCUGACCAUGGACAACAGCUAGCUCGCUUCAGAAAUGCCACACAGGUUUCAAAUGAUCCUGUUGUCGGGCAACAGUUCAUCUAGCACUUGGAUGGUUUGAAUGUUUAUAAGGGACAUAACUGAACCAGUAUUGCUUCAAAAAUAUACCUUCUGUGUCAUCAUGCAUCAGAAGACUAUAACUAGCUUGACAGGUUCUGUGUUGCUUGUGGUCAGGUGGAGUGUCAGGGAUUUGACUAUAAAACCAGAACUGGUGAGAAGAACAUCUGAAACACUACGUGAUUUGUCUUAUGACUUCAGCAUUUAUCUACAGCACGUGAGGAACAAGUGAUGAUUGGAGCACAGUGCCAGUCAUGGUGGUCAGAGCUUACCUGCAUGUAAUGUGCAAUUCACAUCACCUGAACACAUGACCAUACGACGACUAUGUCCAGAACAACAGCUUCCAACAGUGUGUUCGUCUUUGUCCAUCAACAUCCUGUAUAAAUGUACCACUGAUCCAGGACACCCUCCACAUUACAUGUGGAUUUCUGAAAAUUGAACCGUGAAGUAAUUGUCUCCCCUUCCUGCCGGUUGCCAGUCUUGUACUUUCAUAUGUAACUUGCUGGCAUCAGAAAACACCAUGAUUCUAAGGAUUUCAUUGGGUGACAUUUCAAGGUACAUCAGCCAAGUAAGACUGAGCACAGCAGGCUCGGUUGGAGCAGCUGGGUUAAGCAGUUGUUCAUCUAUUCACACAAUUGAUCACGUGGGUAAAACAGCUUGGAAUUUUUUUGAAACUUUUCUGGAUUGAUCAUAAAUAGAUAACUGCUUAUAGCUGUUUUUGGUGCAUUGGUGUAUAGUGCUGAAAGUAUGUUAAGUGUCGAGGAGGAGCAUUCCAGGGAAUAACAACCAGUCCAUAGUUCUUAGUCUGUGAUGAGUUGUUAACAGAUCUGGGCUGUACUAGUGCUGAUCUUCAUUAUCAACAUGCAGGUUAUCCAACUUUGUCAGAUUAGAACUUCAGUUUUUAUGGUGGUAAACAUAUCUGUGGAUGAAUACUUCUAUGCUGUUUAACCUUAAUCUUCAAAGAAAACACUGUUAACUUCUCGACUUUUGUAAUCCAUUUCAGGAAGUGUAAUCAACAUCGUUAAAUGUAUUUCAUAUUGAAGUAUAGUUUCAAAAUCCCCAGGUUUUGUCACACAAGUGGUCCAUGUACAGAAAGAUCCUUGUGCAAAGGUGAUAUCAAGACAUGCAGGGUUAUCUCCCUUAUUCUCAAAUACUUUUAUUUACAUGUUCUUAUUUGGUCAGAGAUACACAUUGUUUCAGGUAAGGUGAACUGUUUACCAUUUUUCACUUUUUAGUUUCCAAAGUUGUCAAACUGGUAUGGGUUCUUAAGUGAGCCCAUAUAUGUUUGUUGUUCAGUACAGUGAAACAAUUUCAGCAUUUAACAUUGAAUGGGCUAUUGUCUCAGAUAGUUUUUAAUGAACUAGUUCAUUCAGCUGUAUGUAUCAGGUUUUGGAUCUUGUUGUUUUAUGCUGACUGGUGUACAGACUUGUUUGAACACUUAUUAAUGAGUCCCCAUGGUGAUAUAAAACAGUACAAUGCAACAAGGAGGGUAGUGGAGUGGAUGCCUUCUGGGUGAGCUCAUGCAGCAGACAGGAGACAGGAGUGUGUUUGAUAGUAACUGUACAAUUGUCAAUAUGCCUCUCUCUGGAGAGUAUCAAUGCACAGAACAGUGUAUAUGAAUUAUUUAAUAUUCUGCCUUGCAGAGAGUCCCAGGCAGCUCUCUCAAUAAUUCAUGCUAGUGUGUACUGUUGUAUUCAACUCUCUAGCGUCAUUCAUUGCCAUUAUCAGUUUUGAUCUGCUGGGCUCUGUAAAACCCUUCAUCCACAGAAAUGUCAACAGUCAUUUGUUUACCUCCACCAAAUAACUUGACUGAAAUGAUUGUAAAGAAUGUAGUUGCUACACAUUAAAUUUUUUAUUAUCUUAGAAAUUCCCUGUACUUAAGAGUACCAAUGUACUUAAACCUUGCCUUUUCCAUAUAUGGCAUAGUGAACAAAGUUUUGACACCAGGAUUUGAACUUCUGUGGGUUCCAUUUCUGCAGGCUCAUACAAACAUGUACCUGGUCAUAAGGCAUUACAUAUUCCAGAUAAACCAAAAAUCUCCUCUGCAGUGUACCAUUAAAAUUCAGGCUGGGAACCUAUGCUGAUUAAUUUUAAAAGUAUUAUUUAAAUUUGCUUGUGUGUAGAAAGAAGUUAUUCCAUUUUGUGGACUGGAAGGUUUCACCUUUUGUUUCAUCAUUUGGUAUCAGCAAUGUAUUUGUAUUUAUUUAUUACAAAGUCCAAGUUUGUACAUGUAUCUCUUUAAUUUGUGGCCCCAAAAUUAUCACUGGAUUUUAAUCUUCUUGUCAGAGGCUAGUGCUGUUAUGGUUUUUGAGCAGAAUGUAAAAAUAGAUCAUAUAUUGUUUACAAUGGGAGUUAAAUCCUGUUUAAGUGCACUGCACAACAUGUUCUCUUUGUUUUUAACGCACACUUUUUGUUAUUCUUUUAACAGGUGCAUUUAAACAUAUUAGCAAAAUUGUUCUUUUCUUUUUUGCUCUUUGGAAUCUGUCUAAUGGAAAGAAAUGUAUUAUAUUUUGCUAUUGCUCAGCUUAACUCAACCUUCUUGAAGUGUUUCUUCUCUUUUUGUAUUUUUGUUUCUGUACAGUGUACAGGUGUAUGAUCUUGUAUGAUUAAAUUAUUAUUUGUAUUAAAGUGAUUUGUUAAAUGCUUGUAGUGUCACACAGGUUAGAACACAAAAUGUAUUGCAGCUAUAAAUUUCCUGUCUCUUAGGUAAUAUUGAGCGUAGACAUAGCAUACUGAUCACAGUAUGAGCAUAUGUAUGUAUGUGAGGGAAAAUUUGCAAAUUAAUCAGACAGAUUUCUAGCACUGGCUGGGGAUACUACUAAAGCACUGAAAUGACAUGUAUUAAUGUUUAGUGGAAAAUUUACAAAGUAUAUGUGCAAUGCAGUUGGCCUAAUUGUGAAGUUAGCAGAAUAUUUGACAACAUUCUAAUCAUCGAAUUAUAUUAAAUGAAAAGAUUUUUUAGGUUAAGAUAUUUUUAAACUGAUAUUUAUGGCUGUUUACUCAAAUGUAGUUGAGGUUACUCUUUAGAAGAUAUGCUGGUGAGUCCUUUAGGGGGCACAAUAAGCAAAGAGGAGCAGGUAGGAAGCACUACAGCUCUUGUAAAUACUGUAAAUAAACUAGCUGAAUUCUCUUACUGAAUUGUUGAAGAUGAUGAUCUGCUUUAACAUACUGCUGUAAAGUGGGGCUUUAAAGGAUAAAAACUGGAAGAUUUUAUGCAGAAGGCUGCUUUCUAAGAAGACAGACCACGUGAUAUUUGAUGGUGAUAUGGUGUGUAUACAUGUACAAUACAAGGCUUGCAUGUGUACUUGAAGCUGAACUAGACUGUGAAGCAGAGUGUAUGAGUGUAUAUACAGACUUGCUACACUUCACAUUUGGCUUUUCUGGGUCAAGCAUUACUGUAAAACAUAGUUCACAGAAAUGAGAAAUAUGCUUCAAGAUAACAAGCCAUGUAACCACAUACUUCAUGCACUCGUUUGAAGCUGAGAUGAUGAACUGCAGACUGGAGUAGCUCCAACAGUUUAAUAGGUGUCGACGACUUUUUGCCUAUCAAUGUUUUACCUGUUUUAGUGCAAGAUUGCUUUUUAUUAAUGAUAUACCAUUUUCCCAGCAUGAAAGAGAAGCAUACCAAAUGUCACAUGACAUAUGCUUCUCAUAUAACAGAUAAUUAUAUAUACUUGAAUUAGUUAUAUCACAUAGUAAUUUAAUUGUUUGUGUGAAAGGUGGAUGGAAGAACCAAAUCAUGUGCAUGUUUUCAUUGUAUAGCCCAC